CCGCCUUUUUCUGCUCAGCCGUGGCUCAGCCCGCAUCCUCCUCUCGUCCACCCACAACCGGCAAGUGUGUAUUGAUCGUGUGCAUUUGAUUGACUUUGGAUAUAACCGGGAAGGAGGAUGGAGUUCGUUGCUGCACCGGCCGUGCACCGCGUACUUUGCGCCGACUGCGGGACACCCAUUGUCCCAAACUCCGCAAAUCUUUGCGUCGCAUGCUUGCGCAAUAGCGUCGACAUCACUGAGGGCAUCCCUAAGCAAGCAUCUGUCUCAUUCUGCCGCAAUUGCGAUCGCUUCCUCUCCCCGCCCUCUGUCUGGACGAUCGCCCAACCCGAGUCACAAGAGCUGCUCGCCAUAUGCCUCCGAAAACUGAAGGGUCUCAACAAGGUCCGCCUGAAAGACGCACACUUCAUCUGGACGGAACCCCACAGCAAGCGCUUACGCGUGUCGCUCACGAUCCAAAAGGAGGUCCUCACCGCCACCAUUCUCGAGCAGAUCUUCGAGAUCGAGUACCUCGUCCAGCACGGCCAAUGUCCGGACUGCGCAAGGCUAGCUGCCAAAAACACUUGGAAAGCCCUCGUGCAAGUGCGGCAAAAGGUCCCGCAUAAGCGGACCUUCCUCUUCCUCGAGCAGCUCAUCAUCAAGCACGGCGCCCAGAAAGACACAAUAUCCGUGAAGGAAGUCCGCGACGGCCUCGACUUCUUCUUCGCCUCGAGGAGCCACGCCAUCAAGAUGGUUGACUUCCUCACCAGCGUCGUGCCCAUCCGCAGCAAGGCGAGCGAGCAGCUGCUCAGCACCGACACACACACCAGCACCGCCAACUUCAAAUACACCUACUCCGUCGAGAUCGUCCCCGUCUGCAAGGACGACCUCGUCGCCCUCCCGCUGAAACUCGCCCGCUCCCUCUCCAACAUCGCCCCCCUCACGCUCUGCUCCCGCGUCGGCAACUCUCUCCACUUCCUCGACCCCGCCACGCUCCAGUUCGUCGAGCUCCCCGCCGCCUCGUACUGGCGCACGCCCUUCGACUCCCUCGCGGGCGUCGCCGACCUCGUCGAAUUCACCGUCCUCGACGUCGAGCCCUCCGGCCAGACGCGCGGCAAGUGGGUCCUCGCCGACGCACAGGUCGCCCUCAGCGGCGCGUUCACCUCCGGCGGCGGCGGCGCCGAGGACGACGCGAUGGACGGCGGCGCGGCCUCGCAGAUCCUCCACACCCGCACCCACCUCGGCGCCAUCCUCCAGCCCGGCGACGCCGCGCUCGGCUACUACCUCACCAACGCCAACUUCAACUCCGACGCCUUCGCCUCCCUCCCCGCGCACCGCGUCCCCGACGUCAUCCUCGUCAAGAAGGCGUACCCCAACCGCCGCAAGAAGAACAAGCCCCGCAACUGGCGCCUCCGCAGCAUCGCCAGGGAGGCCGGCGAGGAGGGCGACACCGGCGCCGACCGCGGCGUUGUCGGCCGCAUGGGCGGCCGCGACAAGAAGAAGGUCGACGAAGACUACGAGCUCUUCUUGCGCGAUCUCGAGGAGGACGAGGAGAUGCGCGGCGCGGUCAACCUCUAUCGCGCCAAGGACGCCAGGCCCGGCGCCGGCUCGGGCUUGGCCGGCGGGAAGACGAGGAGGAAGGGCCAGGGCCAGUUUGCCAUGGAUGUGGACGAGGGCGCGCACGACGAGACUGCGAGUGUGGCGCCGACGGAAGUAGAGGAGGACGAGCCCGACUUCCCGGAGGUCAAGCUCGACGAGCUGUUGGAGGACUUUGACGAGAUGACGCUUGAGGAACACGAUGCAUGACGGAGCGCAUGUAUGCGGUUGACCUUCUCCACAUUCCGGCAUCGCUUUUUGCACUUGGGCUGUACAUGUAGGUGUACGCUAGAUAUCAGAAGUUAUUCCUGAAUUUGUUGUGCCAUGAUCAGACGAUACAUCGUUUAGGACCGCCUC